AUGAAUACUUCCUUAAAUGAGACUGAAUACUAUGAAGACUCUGAUUAUGAAAAUUCAAAAUUUUGGGACGAUUUUCAACAGGCAAUAAGGCCCGUGUUAAAUUAUCAAGCUGAUGUGAAAUUUUUUAUUGCUACUAUCGGAGUUUCUAUUAAUAUUUUUCAUUUGAUAGUUCUAACCAGAAAGUCACUGAGAGUAUAUACCAUUAAUCUUUUUAUGAUUGGAAUUGCAAUUUGUGAUUUUACCCGCUUACUUUCCGAUGUAUUUAGUACUUUACCAGACUAUUAUACGAUAUACCAAGUUUCAAGUAUGCCUCAGAACUGUAUUCCACCUAAAACAUAUCUUGUCUUCUUCAUCGAGAUAUAUUCAGUAACAUUAUCCGUAAUUACCCAAAAGCUUGCUGUCUGGUUUGGGGUUACAAUGGCGGUUCUAAGGGUUUUUAUAAUAAAAUACCCAUUGAGUAGUUAGAAAUUCAAUACCUCCUAAACUCAGAGUACGGCAUCCGAAUUUUUCUAAUCGUAUGUCUUCCCCAUAUACCCUUCUGGGUAGUCGAUUUCAAAAUGGAUGAAAUUUAUGAGUAUAAUGUUUGGGUGUCUCCACCUAGUUGCACCAACUUACCUGGAAACACUAGCCGUACUCGAUACAUUGUAGAACCUGGAGAAUACGAUAACGAAAUAAUGCUUAAAAUGGAAGGAUAUUUGUUCACAGUUUUUCCAUCUGUUGUUCUUUUAAUUACUGCAGGAGUUCUUAUUUAUUUUUUAAGAAGAAUGAAAAAGCCAUCAGUCUCAAGCAAUGAUAACAAUGAUCGUUCUACGAAAAUGGUGGUUUUGGUCACUGUUACAUUUUUGAUAUCAACUACACCACUUGGGAUUAUUUAUUUUCUCCCAAUUGCCGAACUUGAUUAUGGAACAACUAUUGUCAUUGAUAUGAUUAGUAUGUCAUGUGAAUUCGUGUCUCUUCUCAAUGGAAUACUACAUUUCUUAUUAUGGGCAAUUAUAUCAUCACAAUACUUUUUGGAUUGA